AUGUCCCCAGCAAACCUUAAAGUUUUGUUGUGUCUUUAUGUCUUGGCUCAUGCUCAUGCUGCCAACGGUGCCCCCACAGAUCCUGUCCUGGCGCUGGCUUUGCUGCCGUCGCCACAAUCAUCAGUUUCCGCACCUUCAGUGGCUGCUCAAUCACCUUCGUCACAACCAGCUAGAUCACCUAAUGCCGUAAAUACCCCAACAAGUUCCCCCCCCGCUGACUCACAGACUCAAACAAGAGAUUCGACGUCUUUUCAAGGGAACAUGCUUUCACUGAUCUUGAACUGGUUCAACUCAUCUCCCACAAGUUCGGAUACUGGUACUGCUACCGGUAAAGCUCAAGGUACGAACACUGACACCAAAUUAGCAGUAACAGAUACCCCUCAGGGAUUCACAUUCACAAGUGCAGAUACCUCGGUACCCUCAGUUAAUGCUGCAACUGGUACCUCAGUUGGUAAUGAUGGUACUGUCUCUGUGCCAAAUAACAACGAUCCUACACUGAAUACGUUGACAGAGUCCACUGCAGUUGAUAAUACUCACAGAACCAGAUCUACUUUAAUCGACUCUGCAAACGCAGCUGACACUGCGAAUGUUGCCAAUGAUACCCCUUCUGUCAAACUAGAUUCUGGUACUGUUAUUCAAUCGGACACCGCUACUUCUGGUACUAGAUCGAUUUCUGUGAACACGCCAGUUGAUACUCCUUCAGGUACUAAAGCUGAUACCACCUCAGCUACUAACGAGACACCUUUAGCUAAUGUUAGUUCUAAGGAUCUGACGGACACCCCCACCGAUUUGACGAGCCCAGAUAUUCAGCAAUCUUCAUCAGAGACUGUCACUGUCCUGUCACCUACUGCUGAUUCUACCACCCCAAAUGAUGUGGGUACCUCAAGCGCAACAACAGCUUCAUCUCUGCUGGCAACUUUCUCAGCUGCUUCUCCUGAAUCAUCAUCUAGCCCUACACUUUUGGCACCUAGUUCUGAAACUAUUGUGACCUCCCCAGCAAGAACACCUACGACAAAUACUUCUCCUGAAACUAGUACACCUCUUGACACUAUCUUUGCUUCGAGUGCUGAAACAGCUCCAACCACUAGUAACACAGAGCCUACUGCUGCCACAACUAAUAGUAACACCGAGACUACUCUUGCUGACCCAGAAACCAGUAAUACCGAGACUCCUUCUCCCACUCCAGUUACUAGUAAUACUGAGACUACAGUUGCUACUCCAGAAACUAGUAAUACCGAGACUCCUUCUCCCACACCAGAUACUAGUAAUACUGAGACUGCUGUUGCUACUCCAGAAACUAGUAAUACCGAGACUCCUUCUCCCACACCAGACACUAGUAAUACUGAGACUGCUGUUGCUACUCCAGAAACUAGUAAUACCGAGACUCCUUCUCCCACACCAGACACUAGUAAUACUGAGACUGCUGUUGCUACUCCAGAAACUAGUAAUACCGAGACUCCUUCUCCCACACCAGACACUAGUAAUACUGAGACUGCUGUUGCUACUCCAGAAACUAGUAAUACCGAGACUCCUUCUCCCACACCAGACACUAGUAAUACUGAGACUGCUGUUGCUACUCCAGUAACUACUAAUACCGAGACUCCUUCUCCCACACCAGAUACUAGUAAUACUGAGACUGCUGUUGCUACUCCAGAAACUAGUAAUACCGAGACUCCUUCUCCCACACCAGAUACUAGUAAUACUGAGAAUGUUGCUGCCACUCCAGCUACUAGUAACACGGAUACCACUGGAAUCACAGGAGCAAGUGACCCUACUGGGACAACAAGCACCACUGAGCUUGCUUCUGCCAUCUCCACUCCUACUCCAGAUGCAAGUAACACUGAUACCACCGGAACGGCUGGUAACACCGAUACUCCAGUGACAAGUAAUACUGACGCUACUCCAGCCACUCUAGCUACUAGUAACACGGAUGCCACUGGUAACACUGACACCACUGGUACAACUAGUAACACUGAAGCUACUCCAUUUACUCAAGCUAACACCGAUACCACUGGUACUACAGGUAACACUGACACCACUGGUACAACAGGUAACGCUGACACCACUGGAACAACUAGCAACACUGAAGCUACUGCAGCCACUCCAGGUACUAGCAACACCGAGACUACUGCAGCCACACCAGUUAGCAGUAACACCGCGACUACUGCAGCCACUCCAGGUACUAGCAACACCGAGACUACUUCAGCCACUCCAGGUACUAGUAACACCGAGACUACUGCAGCCACUCCAGGUACUAGCAACACCGAGACUACUGCAGCCACACCAGUUAGCAGUAACACCGCGACUACUGCAGCCACUCCAGGUACUAGUAAUACUGAGACUACUUCAGCCACUCUAGCUACUAGCAAUACUGAGACUACUGCAGCCACUGCGGCCACUAGUAACGCUGAGACUACUGGAACAACUGGAACUGAAAGCAUAAAAGCAGACACUGCAAGCACCAACCCUGAAACAAUAUCCAAAUCUACUGGAUCUACUUCUCAGGAAACCUUGAAUAUAUCAGCCGCCACAGAAAGUCCUGCAACCACAGGUACUGAAAGUGUAUCUGCAUCGUCUCCUAAUAAAUCCGAGGCAACUUUAUCUGAAACUCAAUCAGCAGUUUCUCCAGUUUCUUCAGUUGAAACCACUACUGCUUCUGAUACUGCUGUUGCAACUUCUCCUCUUGUUUCCGAGAACCAAAGUGUCCCUCCUACUGAGUUAGUGUCCACCAAUCAAGCUCCUACAACAGUGCAGUCUACAAUUGCUCAAAAUCCUACCACUGUUGUAACUGCACCCACAGUGGAAAGUACUCAGCCUGCUCCAACCCCUGCUACACGUACGAUUGCUCUGAGCACUGGAACUGAAAUUGUGUUGACCAAUGCAGUUACUCCCAUUUCAACGAACGGUCCUACCAAUUGGUUACCUACCUCGUUGAUUUUCCAAUCUGGAAGUGCUACACAGACCACAAAAACUACAGGUACCGAUUUGCCAAAGGUUAUUGAACCGGCAACUACCGCAUCUAUUGGAAGUGAUUAUCAAGUGAUUUAUAUUGGGUUCAAGUCAUCAUUAAAUUAUCCAUUCGUUGUUGCUAAUUCGUUAUCUUCAGCACAAAUAUUCCAAUAUUUGCCAGGUAUUUUGACAUUCCCAUUCACCGAUCAAUCCCAAUAUCGCGAAGUCUCUGUUAGUAAAUUGGUACCAUUCACAGCUAGUGGGAUUUCUUACACUAUUACCGUUGCGGAGGUUUACUUCCCUGCUCAAGCAGUUUCUGCAUUGAAUCAAUUCAUUCAAGAUACGACAUCCUUGUUGUAUAAUAAUCCUGAUUCCGUGGAGCUGACGUUGGCAUCGUUGAUAGAUUCGAGAAUCCCGUUGACUGGGUUAGACAAUAUCUCCAGUGACAACGGAAAUAGUGAUCAACAAAACACGGGGACAAAUAAUGGGUCUAUUGAUCAAUCACUGACUACGCAAGCCCCUGAUUCGUCUGCUGGAAAGGCGCGUGUUGCUGGUAUAACCAUAGGUGCUGCCUUAGGUACUUCCCUCUAUAUGGGUAUGAUGGUAUUGAUCUUCAAAAGAUACAGACAAAAGUCAAUUGCUUUACCUCCUUCAGAUGGUGAAUCUGAUAUUGGAAUGCAAGAACGUUCAAGUAGUAAUUUCUCUGCUUUAUUUUUGAAUAAGGUUGGUGAACAACCUGAGGGUGCUAGUCCUUCAGCUGCUACUGCUCUUGGGGCAGCAAAUAAUGGUGGUGGUCCACCUGUUAUAUCUGGUCCUGUAAAUGCUUCUAAUUCUUUAGGUUGGAGGUAA